AUGGAAAUCCUUCUCAGACCUUUCAUUUCUUUGGUACUUCUCUGCUUUACCAUUCUCCAAAUUUCAGAGGUCUCAGCCACAACAAUGACAUUGUACAACAAGUGCAGCCACCCAGUUUGGCCAGGCAUCCAACCGAGUGCUGGCAAACCCAUUCUAGCCCGUGGUGGCUUCAAGCUGCCAGCAAACAAGGCUUAUACUCUCCAACUACCGGCUGGGUGGUCAGGCCGCAUCUGGGGCCGCCACGGCUGUUCUUUUGAUGCCACCGGCCGCGGCCGCUGCGCCACCGGGGAUUGUGGUGGUGCCCUCUUCUGUAAUGGUAUUGGUGGGGCCCCUCCAGCCACCCUUGCUGAGAUAACACUUGGUAAUGACCAGGAUUUCUAUGAUGUCAGCCUUGUUGAUGGGUACAAUCUUGCUAUUUCUAUUACACCCUUCCGAGGCUCAGGGAAAUGUAGCUAUGCCGGGUGCGUGAGCGACCUGAACAUGAUGUGUCCCGUCGGGCUUCAGGUUCGAUCUCAAGAUAAAAAGAGAGUGGUGGCUUGCAAGAGUGCUUGUUCUGCAUUCAAUUCGCCAAGAUAUUGUUGCACUGGCAAUUUUGGGAGCCCACAAUCUUGUAAGCCCACUGCAUAUUCAAGAAUUUUCAAGACUGCCUGUCCCAAGGCUUAUUCUUAUGCCUACGAUGAUCCCACCAGCAUUGCCACUUGCACUGGUGGAAGCUAUUUGGUCGUAUUUUGCCCCCAUCACUAG